AUGAAAGUGCUCGACCUCCAUUGCCCGCAGGGCCACCUCUUCGAGGGCUGGUUCGCCUCGGAAGAGGAUUUCCAGAGCCAGCUGCAGCGCCAGCUGGUGCUGUGCCCCGUCUGCGGCCACAGCGACAUCACCAAGCGCCUGAGCGCCCCCCGCAUCAAUCUUGGCGCCAAGCCUGCAAGCUUGCCCCCGGCGGCGGCGGCAGAGCCUGCUGCAGCCGCCUCGGCCGCCAGCGCGGCAGCCGCUGCUUCAACGGCCAUGCCGCCCCAGGCGCGUGAGCAAUUGCAGGCCAUGCAGGCCGCCUGGCUGCAGUGGUCGCGCAAGGUCGCGCAGCAGACCGAGGACGUGGGCGAACGCUUUGCCGAUGAAGCCCGCCGCAUGCACUAUGGCGAGACCGAAGAGCGCGCCAUCCGCGGCAAGGCGAGUCCCGGGCAGGCCCUGCAAUUGCUGGACGAAGGCAUUGCCGUGGUUCCAUUGGCCUUGCCGCAAGGCAGCAAGGAAACGCUGCACAUAUCCGCGGCUUUUCGCAUAGUGACUGAGCAGGCCACAGGGAGAUUGCCCCCCUGGGUGUUUCCCGUAAGGCAGCAGACAUUGGUCGCUGUCUGCCAAGCCGCAAAAAGGGUAGUUUGCUAUCUCUUUGGAAGCGCUCGGGCCUUCCGCGUGGGCGUCGCCGGGCCGAGGUGA